AUGGAUGUGGAUACGAAAUGUAGCAACACCAGCUCAUUCAGUGAAUGCUUCGAGGAGUCAUUCGCCCCGCUUCCUGUGGUCAUCAUUCCCUCUCUGCUUGCUUUAGGCACGGCUUUAGUGGUGGUGCUGAUUUUCGUGAGUCUACGUCGGAAUAAUCUAAGGAGAUGGAGGACCAUGGCUCAUUUUACAAAUGGCCAGCAGAGAUCUUCUGAGGGUUCGCCAUCCGUAAGCUCCCAGAGGGACCAGGCUGCUCUGAGUCCCUGGGAAAUCCCAGAAGACUGCACUAUUGAGGGACUAGAAUUUCUGCAACCUGGCCACUAUGGUUCCAUUUGUAAAGGUGUGCUAAGGCGGCGAGAUGGAGCCUCCUCCUCUGUGGUGGUGAAGUCCUUCCGAGAUGGCGCCAGCCGGCAGGAAACGGCGGAGUUUGCGGAGCUGCUUCUCUUCCACGCCACGGUGUGUAAACACCAGAACGUGGUCCAGAUGUUGUUCUGUCAAACCAAACGUUUGCCUAUGCAGCUGCUUUUAGACGCCUGCACUCCGGGGAACCUGCUCCACCAUCUCUGGUCACUCAGGAAUGAAGGUUGUCAACAGAGCAAUCCGAGCGCAUUAGGAGAGCAGCUGGGAUUCUCUGAGGUGUCAGUGUUUUUGGUGGCGAAGCAAGUUGCAGCUGGCCUGGAUUACCUGAUGUCGGAGCACCGGUUGGUGCACGGCGAUGUUGCUGCCAGGAACGUCCUGAUUGGCCCGGGCCUGUCGGCGCGGGUGUCCGGGCUGGGUGUGGCGUUCGAGGGACGGAGAACGGGUUCGGCUGUCAGGCGGAGGGCGGCGGAGGUCCCUCUCAAAUGGCAGGCUCCAGAGAGGAUCAUGAUGCGGCUCAGCAUCGACAGGAGCGACGUGUGGUCAUAUGGAAUCUUGCUAUAUGAACUGAUAACAUUAGGGUCUCCCCCGUAUCCAGAGCUGGAGCCUCUGGCGGUACUUCCAAAACUGCAAGCGUGUUAUCGGAUGAAAAGGCCAAAGAACUGUGGAGCACCUCUGUAA